AGAGAGAGAGAGAGCGCAUCAGAGGAAGAAGAUGGAGGGAAUGGCGUAUGGAGCGGGGAAGGCUGGAGGAGCCUUCGACCCCAUCACUUUCUUCCAGCAGCCGCACACCGUCCUCCGCAUGGUGUCCUGGCUCUUCUCGUUGGUGAUAUUUGGGUGCAUAGCUAAUGAAGGCUAUGUGAACAGGCCUGACGAGGUGGUUGAGUACUGUGUCUACAACCGAAAUCAGAACGCCUGCAACUACGCUGUUGGCAUGGGAACGCUUGCCUUCCUCAGUUGCAUGGCCUUCCUGGCUCUGGACGUCUACUUCCCCCAGAUCAGCAGCGUGAAGGACCGCAAGAAAGCCGUGCUGGCUGACGUUGGGGUGUCAGCGUUCUGGUCUUUCGUGUGGUUUGUGGGCUUCUGUUUCUUGGCCAAUCAGUGGCAGGUGGCGAAGCUUGAAGAUAAUCCGCUGAAGGAAGGUGCUGAUGCAGCUCGGGCAGCAAUCACCUUCGCCUUCUUCUCCAUCUUUACCUGGGCUGGGCAGGCAUUUCUGGCCUUUCAGAGGUAUAAGCUGGGGGCGGAUUCGGCCCUGUUCUCGCAGGACUACACUGACCCCAGCCAGGAUGCAGCAGCUGCCCCCUAUAGUGCUUUCACCAGUGGAGACGACCUGGAGAGCCCAGGGGGGACCGGAUCAUACCAGCAGGCCAGUGGCGAUGGAGUGUUCGACGGGUCUGCAGGGUACCAGCGCCAAGAGUACUAGUCUUGAGGAGGGGUGGAGUUUGGUUAGUACUGAACAGGGGGCACAGGGUUGUGGAGAGUCAAAAGGAGACUUGCAGGCUCACCAGAUAUUUUAUAGCAAACAUAACAUACACUACCAUUCAAAAGCUUAAAAACACUGCUCGUAUAUCAAUAAUCAUUUUUUUAUUCAAAGCAAUAUUUCAUUUUUGUAUUUUUUAUUUAUUUACUUUUAUUUUUGGGACAUUUAAAGUUCUAUUUAUAAUAACAAAAAUAUGUAAUAUUGUAAAUAUAUUCAGGGGUAUUGCUUAGGGCCCCUGAGUCAGAAGGAAAUGUGUGAUAUGAUAACCAAUAUUGUGAUUAAUAUUUUUCAGUAGGCAUCACAAUAUUAGAAAAUAUGUUAAGGAACACAUCAUCUAUGAUUUUCACAAAAUAAAAAAUGACCCACAUGCAAAAUAAGAGUCACAUUUUACUUAAACACAUUGUUUAUGUUCUGAUUAUUAAUUAAUUGAAGAGACAUUAUGAUCUAAAACUAGCAUUUAAUAUGCUAUUUAGUGUUGCAUUGCUACAACAGUUAAACAGAAGUGACAAUUUUGUAUUUUUUCAUGUUUUCAUCCAUCAGUGUUCUCUCACUACACUACCCAGCAUGCAUUACCUAAAUAUAUUAUUGGGAGUUCCUACGGUGCUCAACAACUUCUGACUUCUAGCCACUGAUUUAGCAGCUAAUAAAUACAUCUGUGGCUCUAGCUAGUCCACUCUGAUAAAGGAAUAACUUAGAUAAAGAAUUAGCCAGCUAGCAAACAGCCCACUCCUAAUUAUUUACCUCAGGGCACUUGUAGUGUUACAAUUCGCUUCCACCUUCUAAAUACAUCAUCAGAAGGGGUUAUCCUAGCCUUUAAAUCAGGAGAUCUCACUUUAGAGACAAUUGUGGCACCACAGAAAUAGGUAAGGAAACAUGUUUAGAACAGAUGUAAAACAGAUGACUCAAUUGCUCGUUUUGGCAGGAGUUUCCCUUUGAGUAUUAAAUAUUCUUUUUUCUUUCUCGCACAAUAAUACAACUGGAGUGUGGGGACCCUCCAACUAUGAUGUCGUUUGAAAUCCACAAAUGUUCAGAAAUGGCCCUGUAUAUGUUUAAAAUAUUAUACCGCUUUAUACAGCUAUAUUAUUAUUAAAUAUGUGUCCAAGCUUUUGAAUGUUGAUUCUAAACUAUUGAAUGGUAGUGUGUGUGGCAAGCAUUUGGAUUAUCAGUUCUUCUGAGCAUUUAAAAGCCAGUGUAGGAACACCUGUGCAGGAAGGGCUUCUGUUUAGGUUUGGGGGGAUGGACGGAUAGUACAGUAUUGAGUGAAGUUAGCUCAGUGCCCAUGAUCAUACCAGUUUGCCUUCAACUCCAGUGGUUUGAUUUUAGUUGAUCACUUGCUAACAGUUCAUCUGCUUGCAUAGAAUCAAUUGGUGCAUUUGGGCACUGCAGACAUCUUGUACUUUCUGCAUGCGUAAUGAAUAUACAGUGCUGUGCAAAAGUCAGAGACCACCCUUCAUUUAUUUAAUUUGCUGAAAAAAUAGCCAUAAGUUAUUCAUUUUACAGAACAUAUUUCUGACGUGAUUGGCUAUACGAUAAUCUAUUUGCACAGGGAAGAGGGCAAGUAAAGGAAAUAUCUGUGAGGUUUUGAGAAAAUGUAACUUCUAACAACCGUGCAAGACCUAGUAGACCGCCAAAACUGUAACCACCAGAUAAACAGGAGAUUCUUCACUGUGAGAAGACAACCCAGCGCUGUGAGUCUGAAAAGAUGUGUAGAAUCAAGAAGCCUCACUGAGAAAAGGAGACAGACACAUCAAACAAAGAGGUUGCUGGUGUUCCCAGAACAAUAGACUGAUCACCCCAGAGUCCAGACCUCAGCAUCACUGAAUGUGUUUGAUUACUUGGAUUGUGAGAGGCAAAAAUGCAACCAACUUCUAAGACUGAACUUUGGAGUUGUGGAAAAAUACCCCUUCAGAUUUCACUGACAAACAGAAGCAAGUCUCCUGAAAAGAAUGGAAGCUGUAAUAAAAGCUAAGGGUGGACACACUAAACACUGAAACGAUGAUAUUUAGUUGUUAAGGCAAUAUAUUUUUUGUUGAAUAUAUGUUUUCUAACAUUUUCCGAUGUUGCAACAUUAAUAACAUACAUAAUGGCUGACUGAGUUUAAAAUAGAUGGAUGGGUGGUUUUAGGUUUUUGCACUGUGCUGCCUAUGGAUGUUGGUAUUUGGAUAUUACUAAGAUAUGAAUUCACUCAUUUUUCCUCUUGGAAGCUACCUGUAGCCCUGGGACACUGGUCAUAUCUAAUGGAAAAACACUGCCGGUUAGGACAUGCCUGAUGACAGUGCCUCAGUCUGCCCUCUCAUCAACCAUAGAAAUGAGCUGUGUUGGUGUACAUGUCGUUUAUCUGUAUGUCUGUAUUUUUCUUUAUCUGUCCAUUGGGUCAGGACCAAGUGAUGGUGAGAUGUUGGAUGGAGAGUAAGACAGGUAGCCACAUCUUUUAACCACUCUAUAAUUUUCUAAAAACAUAUUUAGCUACCAAGAAACAGAUUGAUAUGUUGAUAUAUUAUACUGAUAUAUCAUGUGACCGAUAAAAUCAGCCAAUACUGAAAGCUCCAUAUCAUGGAAAACUGAAUCCUCUCUCUUUUCUUUCAUUAAGAGUUUCGUCUAGUAUGUAAACACUGUUAAAGCUCUAGUGUUUACUGCUCACAUUCCAGAUCAUACAGAAAAUUAAGCAAAAACAGUCCACAUUCAUGGUGUGAUGCUAUUUUGAUCAACAAACAUAAGAAAUGUAUAUUAUGUAAGACAGUGUACAUUGCGCUGUUUGCUUACGUUUAACUGGGCAAUUACUGACAAAAACUGACAAUUAGGUCGGUCAUGACAUUUUAGCUGAAUAUUAAUGGUCAUAUAUAGUCGUAUGCAAAGUCUGAACCCUGGUUGAAUUAAGGUUUGGUUGAUUUAAAGUGAAAAUAAGUUAACACAUUCUCCAUGUGGGAAGAAUAUGGCAUUAAAUGUUACGUGUGAUUUCUUUUAGUUUAACAUAUUAACAUAUUGGGAAAAAAACAUUAAAUAUACUUUUUUUUGACAGGGCACAUUUAAUGUUUAUUUUCACCAUUAUGUGAAAUUCUUGUCUGUCCUGCAAUGAAUUGUUGAACUGUCCGUGGUGUAUCCUGCCUUCCGCCCAAUGACUGCUGGGAUAGGCUCCAGCAACCUCCUGCGACCCAGAAGGAUAAGCGGUUUGUGUGUGUGUGUGUAUGUGUGUGUAUGUGUGUGUUAAAUUCAGCAGAUAAACAGUGUGCAUUAAAAUGUGCAGAAGUGUGUUCUCUAUAGAAGAUUAUUAUUUUCUCAUAGGAAAUCAACGAAAACAUAAGUUGACCAGGGAUGCCCAAACUUUUGCAUACGACUGUAAGUAGUUGCAGUUAACAGUUUGAAUGUCUUUUUUGUUCAUUAUAUACAACUCGCAUAAAGUGGAUAAAGUGUUUGAUUGGCUGAUGAUACUUAGUUUAUUGCAACAUAAGUAUAUGACUAAUCCUGUAAUAUAAAGACAAUGGAAUAACUGUGACGGGUCUACUGAGAACCAUAUCAGCCAAGAAAGCACCGUUGAAAUAAAAACAAUGGGGUAUUUGGGCCCAUCUAAAAUUUGCCUGAUAUCAGUUACUGGAAUUUUUUUAGCUCUUUAAGAUCAGCGAUGAAGGUUUGCUGAUGAUAUCGGUCGGGCCCUAACUUAUACAUGGAGCGGUUAUCAGAGGGUAGCAACUCUGGCCAGAGUUCAUUAUCAGCUCUUCUUUCAGACUAAAGAAUCUGCUUCAGCGUAGCUCCAGUGCUUCAUGACCAUGAGUUAGAUUUAUUUUUAAAAGUGGUACAUAAUGACAGCGACAUAUGUGAAUAAUCAUGAAUCUGUACAAAGAAUUAUUUAUUUAGUAAGUGCUGAGUAUUUAAAUCGUUAUUUUCAGUGCUUGGGUUGGUGAGAUGUGUUGGAGGAUCCACAGAGCUGACUUUCCAGACACAUCAUUUGGGCUAAAUUACAUUGUCAGUGUGGAUUUUCUAUUGAAAGCCCAUAUGUAGUCUUGUUUAAUCUGUGUCUGCAGGAAACGGCCCAUUGGGUUUAGCUAUUAAGAGCUUCCUAAUGUUUCGCUGCAUCGAUCAAUUCAGUCAAUUGUCAUCAUACACACAAAAAUCCAACCAUAUAAAAGCUCAAUGUGUGUAUAUAGAUAUGUAAAUCUGUAAUUGCAUAUAAAAGUUCAGAAUUCAGUUUUAUUUUAAAACAUCAUCAUUCUGUGAAAUGUAUGUAUCAUUCUGGUGCACUUGUAUGUAUGUGAACAUUUUUUUCUUCAACAUUCCUGGGAAUACAGUUUUAUUUUGGAAUAAUAAUGACUGCAAUUAAAAUACAAAAAUAAAUAAAUAAAAAAUUGGGAGACCAAACUAUAUAGCUAUGUAGGACUGUGUGAUCUUCUCUGUGUUAAUCUAGCUAUAGCUACAGAAAAUGAAAACCAGUUUACUGAGUGCUGUUUUUGAUGUGAUGGAUUUUAAUCUGUAAAGACACUGAGAAAUAAAUAAAUAAAUGACCAAAACAGUUCCUCUA